UAAUUGUUGUGAUAAACUUAUUAAAUAGAUUGUCAUGGAAUCAGUUCUGUAGCUGAGAUGUCAGGGGACAGAGUUCUGUCAGUUUUGUCAGAGGUUCAAGAUCGUCUGGCUAUGACAAAAAGUUAUGCACUGGGGAAUUCAUCUAUGUCACAAAUUGGACAUGACGAUGUAAGAGCGUCUUUUUUCUUGCUGAUAGUUGAUCUUCUGGGCGAACAAAUCAGCUGCCCCGAGUUAACUUUGGAAAACCAGAGAGCUGUUCUGCAAUACUAUCUCUACACCUGUGCUUUUUGGGGUUUCUCGGAUCUGGUUUCCAGACUGAUAGAGUUCAAAGCUGAUGUAAAUUUUCAAAAUGCUGCCACUCGAUGGACACCUCUGCAUGCAGCGGUUUUCCAAGAACAUUCUAAGGUGACUAUGAUUUUGCUUAACGGUGGAGCGGAUGUUUCUAUCAAGGAUAGCUGUGGUAGAACUCCUCUGGACUUCGCCUCCAUUUCGCCAAAAGUAUGGUACUUGUUUGAAGAACAAGGUCACCUCAAGACGCCCAAGCAGAAACUGAUCGACCUUCACGUUUUGAAAGAGUUUGCAUCGGACGACAUAAAACUGACGCCUCACUCUUCGGAAAAGAUCGAACUAAGCAACCGCUCAGUGAGAAGUGCGCAAAUUGAUAAAACAGAGCGUUCAUAUAAGCCCAGUUGGGGAAAUGACUCCAGUCGUAUGAAAGCCGUCUUUGGAGGAGCUGAAUGAUAACGACGAAAAUAGAGAAACAUGAAUAUUUCACAUUUUCUCUGUUCGGAUGUGCAAUCAAGUUAAGACUUAAAGCAUCUGUUGUUAUUAAUGUGUAUAUGAAUAUUGUACAAGAUGUAAAUAAAAAAUUUUAU